GCGCUUCUUUCCGUCUCGGACAAGACUGGCCUCGUCGAGCUCGCCAAAUUCCUCCACGAGAAGGGCGUUGAGCUGCUCUCCACCGGCGGCACCGCCAAGACAAUCCGGGAGGCGGGCAUGCCGGUCAAGGAUGUGUCUGAGUACACUGGAUUCCCCGAGAUGCUCGACGGGCGCGUGAAGACGCUGCACCCCAAGGUGCAUGGCGGCCUCCUUGGUGCGGCCAUGGCGGAGCACGGCAUCGGCAACAUCGACCUGGUGAUUGUCAACCUCUACGCCUUUGAGGCCACGGUGGCAAAGGGUUCCAACUUUGAGACGUGCAUCGAAAACAUUGACAUUGGCGCGGGGCUGCCGUGGCGGGGCGGGCCCUCGAUGCUGCGCUCGAGCGCGAAGAACCACAAGGCGGUGACGGUUUGCGUCGAUCCGAGCCGCUACGGCGAGAUCAUCGCGGACAUG